AUGACAUUAAAACAGCAAACUCAAAUAACGACAAAAAACAUCGAAAAAAAUAACAAGAAUAACAUCCAUAUUAAAAGAAAACUUCGAAAAUCCAACACCAACGAAAUAGAUACUACAGGAAAAAAAUCUAUUUUUCAGGUUCGCGGAACAUCUUAUCCUCCAGUACGUCGUACUCUUAACAAUCUAAAGAAUUCGACAAAUUGCAAAUUUUGCAAUCAGAAUUAUCAGUAUAUUGAUAAUAUUGAGGCAAGAUUGAGAGAAUUAGAUUCAAUUGCUGAUAAACUGUGUAAAAUUAAGGUGGCAACGAAAAACCAUGAAAUAGAUAAACUUGAUUUUUCAAAUAUGGAUAUCGAAGACCUUUUAAAUAUAUCGCAAAGUAUUCAGUUAUCGAUUUGA